AAUCAUUUAUUUGUGUUGCAGACAAUUUAUUUAUUUUGAAGGAAUAGAUAAAUCAGCUACAAGUUCGAAGUUUCUAGAAACAUUUUUUCCGGACCUAACAAAAUAAAAAUACAAACAUAAUAUUUUAUUUCUUUUGUUUAAUUCGUUUCUAUCAACUUUUUUACAAGUUUCCAUUUCUCAAGGACAAUUAUUAAGGGGAAGCUUAAGAAGUAGAGGUAGGCGUUAAAUCGACAUCAAACCGAGGUUCAUUGUUUUUCCGAAAAAUCACCGAAGCAUGACAAGGAUUCCGUAGGGCUUUGUCGGACCAUAGAAGUGGAUCGGUCCCUUUGUGUUUUUGGUCCAGAUAAAACGGGUACAUGCAAUUAUCUUUUGAAUGACUAUACACGAAUGAAAAAUAGUUCGGAGAAAAUCGGAACUUAGUGUAAACUUGAAUGGUAAAAUUUUUAAUAUAUCCAGGUUUACAACAAAUAAAAUAUCAGAAAUAUAUAUAGAACGGAACGAAAUAAAUAUAAAAUGUAGAAUGGAACGAAAUGAAGUCUUAUUUCGAAAGGCUUCGGAGCGUGGCUUGGAGCGAAAGAAGAAGGGUUUCAAGAAAUCGGACGAUUGCUUUAUUAAGACGUCAGGAGGUACAGGAUAGGCCGGGCCUGUGGUCGUUAUUGCCUCAACCGGGUUCUCGCUUGGGACAAUUGCUUCGAAAAGAUCAAAAAGACCAUCGAGAGAAACUGACAGCAAGAAAGAGCGCCGGCAAGAGGGAGAUGGAAAGAGAACAAAAACCACUAUGCUGACCCUUCGUGCGCUGCUCACAAAGUUGAGAUACUGAAGGCGAAGCCGAAAACAUUUGUCUAGGAUGUUCUAAGCAAACUAAGGCACGCGUUCUCGUCAACUCGUUAAUUCGGAACAAAUAGCCCUCUUAAUCUUCUAAUUCAUUCAACUAAGAUAUCAGAAAAAACGGCUAUGCGAUAAAUAAAUAGAGAAGAAAGAACGAUAUGCGUUUACAAUUUAGCCCGUUUCAGAGUUCUUAUUCUACCUGCAGAAUCGAUUAACCGGUUCAAUUUGUACUCAAACAGCUAAUCUUCUUUGCGCUGUCCUCUGCAUCUCGUUUAAAGGAGUGAAGUUGAGUUGAGAGUCACAGGAGCCCGCUGAACACUGGUGGUAGGGAAUAGAAGUAGUAAGGGGGCCUGAAAGGGAGCCCGAUGGAAGGUCGGCACAGGAAGAAGGAGAAACGUAAGAAAGAACGGAACGCAUCUAAAUGCUGGACUGUUCGACGUCGCUCUGAGAAAGUUCUAGAUCUGAUUGGAACUUGAAUCUGUCAGUAGUCCUUUCGGUCCCGGGCCAGUGGCCAAUGGUGAGGGAAAAGGAGCGGCGCGCGCAACUUCUCUACACAGCGGGGCAAGCCGUCACAACUCAAUCUAGUGUCUCGGUGACCGUGUACGUGGAAGGAGGGUUUUUCUUUUCACUCUUUCUACAUAGUGUUAUAAUUCUUGACACGGAAUCGCAGUUUUCAUUGGAGGAUUAGCUUGCACUUAGAAUCCUAAGUUUCAUCUCUCUUUGCUGUUGGAACAAUGUGAUUGUUCACAAGUGUUUACAUUGUGUAAGAUCAGAUAUCACGUAACACCAUAUGAAACAUUCAUUUGAAGCGUUUGAUAAACAUGCCACUAUCGAAUUACUGAGAAAACAGAGUUGUGUACACAGAGUUCCUUGAACGAAAAUUAUGCGCAUCAGUUAGAAUGUGUAAACAGUUGAUCGGAUGAAGAAAUGUUGUACAUUUUUUACUUAAAAAUUUAUAAGAAUUUUUUAUGAGAAAAAUGUCACGUUGGUUCGAUCUAUCGAGCAUGCUCCUAAUGGGUAUGGUGUUGAUCAGUUCGAUAGUGUGGAAUACAGCUAAAAGUUCGAUCAUGAGAUGCGAGGAAGCGAAACUAAAAUGUGCUUACAGAAUAGGCUGUGGUAAUGCCCUACAGCACUAUCUCACAGGCUGUGCACCCGUUCUCCAAGGCAAUGAUUGUUCCGAGACCUGCCAACAUGCCCUUAUUGCUCUCACAAGCACCGAUGAGGGCAAGGAACUUAUGACAUGUGAAUGCGAAGACGACUUGUGUCUGCAAUCGAAACAGAGGGUAGAAAUAUGCAGAUCAUCUGUAACCAUGGCAAUGAACAGGACGAAAGUGUCCUGCAGGAUAGCAACGUGGAUUUGUAAUGCAGACGCUCUUUGUCAAACUGCUUUGGCAUAUUAUAAUAGGUAUUGCAAAAGCAUGUUUCAAGGACGUAAAUGUACCAGACGUUGUAGAAAUUCGAUAAAUAUUUUAACGAGACAAGAGAAAGCGGCAAAAUUAAAUACAUGUCAGUGUGAUGGUUUCGAGGAGUAUGACUGUAAGGGAAUUCACCGAAAUAUGAAUCUCCUUUGCUUUGGAAAAAUACAUCACGGAUAUCGUGAUGUGAACGUCGAUGAUGAUAAAAGGAAUGAAUUUAUAAGACCAAAUAUGAGUCUUAGAGGAAACGGUGUUCAAAUAUUAAUUGACAGACGGUUAUUUUUACUGAUUUUUAUAAUUUAUUACAUAUUUAAAAUAAGACAAGACUGAUGAUAAAAAGAGCAGAAAAAUCUCCAAAAAGAUAACAGUAUUCCAUGAAACUAAUUGCCAAAGAUCUUUAUCAAUUUUCUUAAUCAUCAAUUUGAACAAUUUUAUACCGAUAAUAAUGGACUACUUGUAUUUUAUAAAUAGUUCAGAAGCUUCACUAUCGUACCGAAGAGAUGCAUUUUCUAUUGAAUUUUUCGUGUUUAAUAAAUUUGUACAAACGGAAAAUUAGAAGAUAGGAGAAGACUAUUGUACAGUCAAAAUAUUGUACAGUGUAUUAUAGCAAAUGUAACUGAGUAAUUCGUUAUAGGUAUUUAGUUAUAAAUAAAUUUUAUUUAUGAAGGUAUAAUCAUGUUAAUAUCUAUACACCAAAAGAUAAUUUUUUUCCUUUUCCUCUUUUUUGCAAAUGUAUAUUACCGACAAUUUUUCUCCCGUAGAAAAGUAUUAUUUCGAAAAAAUUGUUAAUUUGUUUCAGAUAAAACAUUCUUCAUAGAAGAACUUGACAAAAUUUACUUGAAAUAUGUUUUUAAAGGAAAAUGAAAACACUAAUUUAUUCAAAAACUAUUUUCCUUUGGAAAAAAUAACACUCUUAAAGAAUAAGAGAUUUCAAGGCUUUUUAAUAUGAUAUUUAAAUCUUUAUAAUAUUUAUGAAUAGUU